GUGACCUCACGACGCAGUGAGUCUUGUGUGAGAUGCUGGGUUAAUUCUUGCCCCACAGGGACAAUGGGCACCCAGAAGGACAUUCAACCCCCCAAGCAGCAGCCGAUGAUUUAUAUUUGUGGAGAAUGUCACACGGAAAAUGAGAUAAAAUCCAGGGAUCUAAUCAGAUGCAGGGAAUGUGGAUAUAAAAUCAUGCAGAAGAAGAGGACAAAACAACUGGUGGUUUUUGAUGCUCAAUAAAACGUGACA